AUGGCGAAUGCUGAUCAAAAUCAGAGCGAUGUGGUCAUCUUCAUCCUUUUAGGAUUCUCUGAUUAUCCAAAGCUCCAGAUCCCCCUCUUUCUACUAUUCCUCACCAUCUAUGUGGUUACUGUCGUGGGAAACUUGGGCAUGAUUGUGAUCAUCAGAAUCAACCCUAAACUCCACAACCCCAUGUACUUUUUCCUCAGUCAUUUGUCAUUUGUGGAUUUCAGUUACUCCACAAUAGUCACACCCAAGCUCUUGGACAUCUUAGUUGUAGAAGACAGAAGCAUUUCAUUUGAAGGCUGCAUUGCACAGUUUUCUUUUGCUGCUACCUGUUUGGUUAUGGAAACCUUCCUGCUGGCAGUUAUGGCUUAUGAUCGCUUUGUGGCCAUUUGUAAUCCUCUGCUGUAUACAGUAGCCAUGUCCCAGAAACGUUGUGCUCUUCUGAUUGCUGGGGUAUAUACAUGGGGCACAAUUUCUUCUCUCAUCUUCACCUACACUCUUCUUAUCUUGUCAUUUUGUGGGACCAACACCAUUAAUAAUUUUCUCUGUGAGUAUUCUGCCAUCCUUUCUGCCUCCUUCUCUGAUAAGCAUAUUACAGAGAUAAUACUAUUUAUUCUUGCUAAUUUUAAUACAUUUUUCACCCUUAUUAUUGUGCUCACAUCCUAUCUUUUUAUUUUUGUAACUGUCUUGAAAAUGCAUUCAGCCAGUGGGAGGCAUAAAGCCUUUUCCACCUGUGCUUCCCACCUAACAGCUGUAACAAUUUUCUAUGGGACCAUUCUCUUCCUUUACUGUGUGCCCAGUUCCAAAAACUCAUGGCUUAUAAUCAGAAUGGGCACUGUUUUUUGUACAGUUGUGAUCCCUAUGCUUAAUCCCCUAAUAUAUAGCCUAAGGAACAAAGAUGUGAAAGAAACAAUCAGGAAAUUGUUGGACACUAAAAUAUUAUGUCUCUAA